UCCCUUUGCCCUGACUUCCCGCAAUACAUCGCAUUUGCAAUUUACCCACAACAGUACAUCUAUCAGCACUAGCACAACGCUCCUUUGGACGGACCCGCGCCGACGCUGCAUCGCAAGCAAGCCACCCUUCAGUUUAAUUUCGAUUGAGUUUCCGGAGAACACCUAGGGGGGUGCCAGCCGUCGUGCCGUCUCUCCUGCUCCAAACCACCUUUCGGUAUACGAUUGCAUCGACAUCGAACAUCAAUAUGGCCGACGCAACCGAUUCAAAACACCUCGGCAAACGCCCCGAGACCGACGAUGCGCUUCAACAACACCAACAUUCAGCGACAGGCGACGUAGCCCAGAUGGAACAUAUCAACAACCAACCAGCCACCACCCAGUCCCAAACCCAGAACAACAAGGAAGGCGAACCAUCAAUACCCACAGCCACCGGCGCCAUGCCCGUCUCAUUACAAGAUGUCAAGGACGAAACCGACCCAGCAGCUUCCUCCCCAGCAUCUCAAUCCCAACAACCCGAUCCCGACUCGAUAUCCCAAGCAUCCCAGUCUGCAUCAGCACCCAGUACCGAAGCCCCAGUCUGCAACAUCACCCUGCUCCUGCCGACGGGAGCCCGACACCCGUACAAGAUCGAUGAGAAGUACUUGUCCAAACGGGGCGUCGACAUCCCCGAGACCGUGGCGGAGACGGGCCAGCCGGAUCCAUUUAGUAUCUCGGUGUAUAAGCUCAAGGAACUGAUUCUGAGGGAGUGGAGGGAGGAGUGGGAGGGGAAGCCGGCGAGUCCGACGAGUAUUCGGCUGAUUCAUUUUGGGAAGUUGUUGGAUGAUAAGGAGAGUUUGAAGAAAUACAGAUUCUCCCCCGACACCCCCAACGUCGUCCACAUGUCAGUUCGACCAGCCGAGAUGAUGGAAGAAGACGGCGAAGGCGCAAAAGGCGGCAAGAGCGCAAGCGGGCGAGAAGGAUCGAGGAGAGAAGGAGGAAGUGCGUGUUGUGUUAUUCUAUGAGCGAUCAUCAUGCACACAGCACAGCACAACGUGCACUUCCAUUACAUACCCUCCGUCUCCUCGUUUUAACCCUAACCGCUUCGCUGCUUCGGAACACCUUUUUAAAAAAUACCACCGGUAAUGAUAUCGGAUCGGAGUCCGAGUUGAUACCGACCCAAUACGGACAAAAUCGGCCAGAACAGCAAGCAGCGAGCGGAUCCAGCUUCAACUCGGUUAACAACAACGAGUCUUCGGUCCCUUUCUUC